AGCCAAGCUACCGGUACAAACGGAGGUCUGAGUGCCAAAAGAUUAUUAUACCUAUCUAUACCUUACCUUAGUCCAUUAAGAGGGUCUAUAGGGCUGCGAUAAGGCAUCAUCCGUUCUGUACUCUUGAGCACAUCACAGCACAGUAAUUCUUAUUUUGGCCUAAUUGAUUGCUUGCACCUGUACUACAACGCAUGCCGCCCCACACCAGGCAACAUAUCGUAAUAAUCACGGACAAAGCCCCCGUCUCCAUACGCAAGCAGUCUCAAUACGAGAUUUAUUAAAUCCCCAUCGACUACAUCGUGAUCUGCAAACGAGCCCCAUCUGCUGCUCUGCAUCAUGGUUUGCGGGAAGUGCCAGAAGCUCUCCAAGGGCACCUCUUUGGCCACCCCAUCAGUCAAGAAGAAGUCAGAGAUGUACUAUGGUUCCCCGGCCUCUUCCUCGGCCUCAAAAUCAUCAGCCACGCUGGGGCAGACUGGUGUGUCGAAGAACAAACUACUAUCAAAAGGAGCCAAGAAUCCUUAUGCCCAGUACUCGAGUUCUUGUGACAAGUGCAAAACCAAAGUCUCACAGGGUCACAAAUACUGUCAUUCCUGCGCAUAUAAAGCAGAUGCUUGCGCAAUGUGCGGAAAGUCAAACUCAAAAUCGAAGACCGGUUCCGUUCCGGUCGUCACAGGGCAGAAGUUCUCGUCCAAAUGAGACCGGAUGAGAGUUUAUAACUACAUACUGGGAUCGAUAGGAUGACCAAAUCCCGCCGGAUCCGUUUAGAUAUGCACAUGCGGCCGCCACAAACUCCAUCCGCCGACUUCUCAGGACCGCUCAUUCCGAAGCACCGUCGACCCAACAUGCUGGCCGUCCAUACCCGGAGGACUGACUACCUACUACCAGUCUCGGUGCCAACGCGAUCGCCAAAGUCGCGGGGAUCCUUGUAAGCCGGAUUCGGAUGGAAUUUUGUCUCUCGAAAAGGUGCAACGAUGUACCACCCUUCGAUAUUCGACCAAGGGAUCCCUCCCGCAUGUACGAGAUUCAUUGCUGGAAUAUGGGGUUCAAAGGCGUUGUUGAUUAUCUUUUUUUCGGCCAAAUAAUUCCUCCAAACCGCGUCGAUGUUUGCGUCGGUGGUAUGGAUCAUGUAAAUAUAAUUCGUGGAAUAGAAACGUGACUUUUUAUAAUCGUGGA